AUGGCUGAAGUCGAAGCCAAGCUGGCUGAGUUGGAGAAGCGCUUGGCUGCUUUGGAAGGUGAUGAUGGUGCUGGUGCCCCACGCAAGGCGGGAAGUGAUGCACAGAUCAUGAAGAAGGUGGCCACCCGGCUCCAGGACUUCGAGUCUCAGAUCACUGCGCAGCUCUCGAACCUGCAGACCGACUUCGACAAGAAGCUGAGCCACGUGAACCGCGGCGCCAGCUCGACGAAGCCGGUGGACGGCGCCGGCGGGGCGGCCGGGCUGGACACCAUGGCCGAGGACUUGGAUCAAUUGAAGUACGACGUGGGCGAACUGAAGGAUCUCCUGGGCAACAACAAGGGCGAAGUGAACCACAUCCGUCGUAUUGUCCUUGCCUGUGAACGUGACAUGGAGGACUUCACUGCGGCCAUGGAUGCUGUGAAUGUGGACCUGGACGAAAUGCGCGCCCGUGUCGAUGCCACUCACUCCAUCAUCACCAGCCGCCAACGCGUGGAGGCCACGAUGACCGCGGAGAUCUCCACGAUGCGCCUGGACAUCGGCGACAUCCAGGAAGCGUUGAAGAACCACGACUCUUGGAUGGAGGAUGUGUCCAACACUUUGCAGCAGAUGCAAGAGAAGGAGGAGAACCUCACCGAGGACAUCAUCAACUUGAAGAAUGAGAUGAACACCAAGCUCGACACCAAGGUGGACAACGUGGCAUGGAAGGAAGCCAAUGACGACUUGGAUGCUGCCAUCAAAACGGUCCGUGACAUGGUCUCCUCCUUGCGCCUCGACGUGGAUGCUCGGCGACGCAAGGUGGAUGAGAUCCUGGCCACCGUUCGCCACGACAUCACGGCAGUGGAAACCAACUUGGAGGAGUCCAAGGCGAAGAUCACCAGCGACACGGACCAAGCGGUCAACGCGCUGAACGGCCGCAUCGACUUCACCAACAAGGACUUGGCCGCCACACAGGAGAGCCUUCACACCACGCAGAACUCCCUGAGUGAUUGCUUCAACGAGGUGGCGGUGGUGCGCAGUGACUUGGAACGUAAUGUGGCGGACACCGAAGCGCGCCUCAAGAACGACAUCCGCCAGAAGCAGCAGGAGGCCUUCGAGAAGAUUGGAGCUGUGGAGCAACAGGCGGAGCUGCGCAGCGCCGAAGCCUCGCGCCGCUUGGGGGCGCUGGACUUGCGCAUGAGCGGCGUCCAGGGAGGUCUUGGUGAGCACAAGCGUGACAUCCUGAAGCUCCGUGAGGAGGUGAAUGGUCUGACGGUGAAGAGCGCUUCCCACGAGGUUGACAUCCAAAAGAACAGCGAUGCCACUCGCAAGAUGGAGAAGCAGCGCAACAUGGACGAGCAAAACUGGAAGGCACAGAUGGAUGCGGUCCAUGACGUCCUGGACACCAAGGUCAACGAGAAGCCCUUCGAAGACUUGAAGCAUUGCACGGCAGCGGUGACACGUGGUGUGGUGAAGUUCGCGCAGGUGGUCGGUGUCUUCCCUGGACCUAAGUUUGAUGAUGCAGAAGGUGCCGACCAGGGCGAAGCAGACGUGGAGCUCCUGGGAUGGGAGGAGUGCGCCGAGAACCUGUCCUUCCGCGUGGACAAAGCCUGGCGCCAGCGGUGCUCCCAGCGCUUCCGGAACAUCCUGGACAUGGUGGCCAAGAAGGCUGAUCACAGUGUCUUGCGCCUCCUGCAAAUCUCGCAACAGCACAUUGAGUCGCAAUUGGAACGCGUGAAGCACGAGCGUGAGCUGUGGAAGGAGGUGGUGGAGCGCCGUCAGCAGCAGCCAAAGACUCAGACUCGACCGGCGCAUGACGCCCCGACCUUCCGGGCUCUUUCGGGCGUUAGGUCCAAGGGGUUGAAUAAGGUCGAACUCUUAGGUGACUGGAUGUUCACUGUGAUCCAAGACCUUUUGGAUGAAUCCAAUCCCCGGGUUGCACAGCUGCAGAUCGACGCGUUGCCACCAAGAGAGGUGGCAGAAGGACGCUUUACGUCCACUUCCGCCCAUUCCCUCGGCCGUUCCGCCCAUUCCCUCGGCUCCCUCAGCACGGGUGCCAUGGCUGCGUUGGCACUUGAGGGCGCGAUCACGCAUGCGCUGGCCGUGCUCGCCCUGCUGAUCCUUUGGCUUUGCUGGUCCUGGCGAAGACAUGCCAAGGACCGCAGCGAUUCAACGAAAGCUGAGCUGCGGCAGCGGGAGCUCCGACAGGAGGUGUGCCAACUGCAGGCGCGAGUGCAGCACUUGGAGCAGGAGCUCCAGGACUCCCAGCGGCGAGCGGUGGAGGCCGAGGCCAAGUGGGUGGCUGAGAAGGAUCUCCAACGACUCAAGGAGCGGACCGAGGUGCCACAAGAGCUGGAGCGGGUUCAUGAGCUUCCUCCAGUCGAGCAAACUGUGACCGAGGAGGUGAGCUUGCAAGCCCUAGAGAAGGCGAAAGAGCUCAUGUGUCAAAACCUGGAGAUGAAGGCCAGGAUACAAGCGUUAGAACAAGAGCUGCGAUGGUCAACAAGGCCACGGAGCCGCGGACCGCCCGGUGCGGACAUCAAGAUGAAUGGUACACAGGUCAGCGAGUGUGGUGCCUAUGGUGCCGGUCAGACGUUGGAUGGCUGUGAUGGAGGCUCGGAUGGUGUGACCUCUCCUGGAGAAGAGCUGCAGCUGGACGUGGAUAGCGAGGGCAGCUGUUCCCGUGCCUCCUCGAUCUACAGCGCUUACCCUCGUGGCCGGGCACUGAAGAGGCCUACAAGGGAGAUCUCUGCCACGAACAACAUGGGAGGUGCAGGUCCCACUCCCCGGACGAUGGGGCCAUGGCUUUUUGGUGGCGAUCGCGGAGCACGGAACCGCGGGAGCCAGGACCGCGAGCCUGCUUGCGGUGUUUGAGCUCCUGAUGCGUGAAGACCUGGAUUUGGAUUUAUGUUGGAUCCUGAUUAGUAAAUAGCCCCCCCCCUCCUCAAACAAACAGGGGACCCUCUAUUGAGGACCUAUUUACUAAUCAGGCUCCAACAUUGCUCAAGACAGUGUGGAUUUGACACGAGACAGAGAUGUCGACCGUAGCUGCGACCAGCUGUUGGAGGGACCGUCUCUGGACGUGGAAAACACGGGUGACGGAAAAAAAAACAAGGGCAUCUGGUGGGGCCAGCACGUCUGCCCUCUUGAUGAUCUUGAUGGGUGGCCAACAUGUUUUGUUCUCCCAAGAGCUCUGCUCGUCCGUUUUCGGCCUCACAGAUCGUUGGGUAGACCGGGGUUGGGUGGGCAGUGUGAAAGCGAUGGAAGCAAAUCGGAUUCAAGACGUCUUUGUAGGUCCCUCAAACAUCCUGAAGCAUUUUUCGGUCGGACGCUACGAACCGGGGGUUUAUGGCCUGAAAAACGAACGGAGCAUGGAGGACGCUACGAAUGGAGCAAGGACGCUACUAACCUGUGCCAUCCGCGGGAUGAUGUCAACCUUCACCCUUCCCACUUGCUCAUCCCUCUUUUCAGUCUGAGGGCCGUCGGCGUUUGAGCUCGCCUUGGCCGUCCCAUCUUGGCCCCUUCGGUUGUACAUACCACCAGCCAACGCAUGCUGAGUCCGUAUCCCCAGUGGUUGUCGACGUGCGAGUCGCUGGAGACCAGUCGGGUCCAAAUCAUCCCGC